AUGCCAAAUCUGGAGUAUCCGGCCUUGUCAAUCAGUGCACGAUCUUCUUUGGCUUCUGUGGAGAAAGAAAUUAAAGAAGUUUGUAAAUCAGCAAACAUUCCCGUUCCAAGCGUUCUUGCUUUGAAGCUUGACGUGCUCGAUUGUGCAAGCGUCGCAGAUGCUGCUAAAUCCAUUGAGACGACGUUCGGUCGAUUGGAUAUUCUGAUUAAUAAUGCGGCGUAUCUUUCUGGUACAGCGAAUGUAGCAAAUGGAGAUCACGAUGAAUGGUGGAUGAAUUGGGAAGUCAACGUCAGAGGAGUGUACUGGGCUACCAAGUGUUUAUUGCCAUUGUUACUGAAGACAGAUGGUGGCGAUAAGACCAUUGUGAAUUUGGCGAGUGUAGCGGCUUUACUCAUGAGCCCCGGAAUGAGUGGGUGUCAGAUGUCGAAAUUCGCGCUUGUGAAGUUUACGGAAAGAUUGUGUAUUGAGUAUGCGGAUCAAGGUUGGGAGUUACAAUUUUCUCUUUCCUUUAUUGGCAUGACUGAGUCUUAUGAUGGUAUACUAAUGCUUAAUCUUGUAGUACUGGCAUAUUCGGUGCAUCCUGGAAGUGUGAUGGCUGACCUGUCCAAAGGAUUGCCAGAAAAAUCCCAUGAAAUAUUGAUUGCAUGGAUGAUUUGCAGCUUCAGCUUUCCAAGGAACGUUACCGAUUUACAUGCCAUAGUUCUCACAGAUACUCCCGAACUUGCUGGUAACACAAUUCCAUGUUUGACGUCUCAAAAGAGAGAAUGGCUCGCUGGUAGGUACCUCAGUAGUAAUUGA